UCCAUCUUGAAAAGGUGAGACAGGAAAACAAACCUGGCUAAUUUCAUAAUCACCUGUUAAUUAGGACAAACAAGGACAAGGAAGAGCACAGCUUCUGAUGACAGCGCCCUUAGCAGGGUAUAAAAGGGGACCUGGGGCAAGUGGACUUCCAAACCUUCCAACCCACCUUCCUGAAAACUCACUCCGAACCUCCACCCUCCGACACCAUGGUCAACUCCUGUAGCUCCGUCUGCUCUGACCAGGGCUGUGGCCAAGGCUGCUGCCAGGAGACCUGCUGCCGCCCCAGCUGCUGCCAGACCACCUGCUGCCGCCCCACCUGCUGUGGCUCCAGCUGCUGUGGCUCCAGCUGCUGCAGGCCUACCUGCUGCACCACUAGCUGCUGCCGCCCCACCUGCUGUGGUUCUAGCUGCUGCCGCCCCACCUGCUGUGGCUCCUGCUGUGGCUCCAGCUGCUGUGGCUCCAGCUGCUGCAGGCCUACCUGCUGCAUCACUAGCUGCUGCCGCCCCACCUGCUGCCGCCCCUGCUGUGUCUGCUGCCGCCCCACCUGCUGCCGCCCCUGCUGUGUGUCCAGCUGCUGCCGUCCCAGCUGCUGCCCGACCAUCUGUUGCAAGACCACCUGCUGCCGCCCCACCUGCUGCCAGACCCCCUGCUGCCGCCCAGUCUGCUCCAGCGGUUCCUGCUGCUGACUGCCCUGACCUGUGCCCACUGGUUUCCGUCAGCCCGUCUUCUUGAUGUAGUUUAACUGAUCUGAGUCAUGAGAGGCCAAGUGUCAAAACUCAGUUCCAACUGAUUCUUAAGCUGACUUUGGCCUCCAAAUGUACUGCCUCCUCCCCUCCUUC